UUUUUAAUUCUUGGAACUAGACACCACCGCUUCAACAGCUCGAUUGAAGUUUGUUGCUGAUGACUUUUACUCUUUCACAGGGGUUGGAGAUGAGAUGAGGACCAGAGAAGCGCUCCAAGCAGACGACGAGGUUCAGACUCAAGGUCUCAGGAAACGUCCUGCUGCGAGUGAAACAGACGGUCGGGUUUAUUAAAGUGGAAAAACAGACGAUGGAAAGAUGAGCAGAAGAAAACAAAAGGGUUGGAGUUAUAAAAAUGGGAGGAGAAGCCGAUGAGAUCCAGGUUGAGGAGAUUUUGGAGGUUCUGUACGCGACCGAUAUCUGUAAUCUGCAAGAAGAGAAAUCAGGAAGGACCUACACCUUGUUGCCUCCACCGAUCAGAAGAUGGUCCUGACAAUGGAACUUUGCUUCAUUGCUCUGCUCCUGCUGCUCCACUCCAGUCCUCACAUAGUAAGUGGAGAUGAAUCUACUCUCUCUUCAACUCUCAGCUGUCCUGCACCCGCUGGGGUUCCAGGUCUACCCGGGCACAACGGCCUUCCUGGAAGAGAUGGCAGAGAUGGACCUGAUGGACCCAAAGGAGACAAGGGAGAGCCAGGAUUGGGUUUGCAGGGACCUCCAGGCAAAGUAGGUCCACCAGGUCUGAUAGGAUCCAAGGGACAGAAAGGAGAGUCAGGGUCACCAGGAUUGACCGUGCAGGGACCUCCUGGUCAAACAGGAACUUCAGGAGAACCUGGAAUUCCAGCAGAUCGUGGUUUGAUCGCGUCCCUUCAGUCAGAGCUCGACGUCCUUAAAGCCAAGAUGUCCAGCAUAGAGAGGGCCACGAGUUUUCCCACGUUCCGAAGAGUCGGCGAGAGAUUCUACGCGACCGAUGGAUCAUUUGCAGCGUACAACGAGACGGUGAAGUUCUGCGCCGGCGCCGGGGGAAGAGUCGCCCUCCCACGAAGCCUGGAAGAAAACGAAGCCUUGGUGAAGUUCUUCACCCCCCUGAGCUCACAGGCUUUCAUCGGGGCGACGGAUCAGCGGGUCGAGGGGCGCUUCGUGGACAGUGACGGCAUGACCUUAAAGUUCACGAAAUGGGGCAGCGGCCAGCCGGACGAUUACUAUGAUGCGCAAGACUGCACCAUUAUAGACAAGUACGGGAUGUGGGACGACAACAGCUGCGAGACGUCCCGUCUGAUCGUCUGUGAGAUGUGAAGAAAUGAAGUCAAAUUAUAAUCGCUUCAGUAUGUUUGGGUCAGAAUCAUAAUAUCGCUAAUAUGCAAAUAAUCCCUGAGGUAAAGACAGAGUAUAAACGCUAACAUGUUUACUGCAGUGGCUAAU